AUGAACGCGUGCCCGCGCGAUGCAGAAGAGAAAUCUUUGGCUGAGGUUUUCGACCUCAUUGGCUUCGGACGUUUCCAGCUACAACUGCUGAUAAUAGCCGGUUGUGGCUUCAUGGCUGACUCCAUAGAAGUGGGCGUCGUGACGUUCUUGGAGCAAAAGAUUCCGGAGCAGUGGCCCGAGGCUGAAGGAUGGGCUUUAAACGCCUUGUCCAUGAGCGUUUUUGGAACGAAGCUGCUUGGCAGCUGCAUUUGGGGCAGCCUGUCUGACCACUUGGGUCGCAGGCGCGCCUUCCUGCUGGCUAAUGUCUUUCUGCUGCUCACUGGCUGCUUAUCCGCAGCGGCCCCCUCGUACGUCAGUCUGGUCGUUGUACGUGGGCUGGUUGGCCUUGCCAUCGGUGGCAUUGUCAUUCCCUUUGACAACUUGGCGGAGAGUGUUCCGGAGAAGUAUUCGAGCUUAGUGUGCUAUGCCAUUGAAUAUUUCUGGACGAUUGGCACGCUGUACGCGAAUGUCCUGGCGGCUGUCGUUCUGGAGACUUGGGGGUGGCGGAUCUACCUGUUACUCACUGCAUUGCCCAUUUUCUUGGCCUGCUGUGGAUACAUCUUCCUUGAGGAGAGCCCCAUGUGGCUAUUGGACCGUGGCUGCGACGAGGAUGCGCUGGCAACACUGCGGCGCAUUGCGGCAGUGAACGGCCAGGACCUUGGCAACAUUGCGCUAGUCUCGUACACGAGGGAGACAGAGCCUUCUUGCCGAGAGCUGCUCGCGCCAUCUCUUCGGAGGCAACUGGUUUCACUCAGCGUCAUUUGGUGCUUGGGACUCUUCGGUUACUACGGUGCCUCCCUGGCCAGCGGAUUUCUUUUCUCAUCUGGUGGGUCGAUGGACUACACCGAAGUGCUUUUCACCAGCUGCGGAGAGAUUGUUGGCACUACAGCUGUUUUGUUGACUGCUUGGCGCUUCAGUGCUGCCACGGUGCAGCCAUGGUGUUAUUUCGUAAGUGGCAUCGGUUGCCUUGCUGUGCUGGCGGCAAAGUUGAUGAACGGGCCAACGAUCCUCGUCGCCAUGUUAGCCUUCCUGGUACGCGCUGGAUCAAUGGGUGGGAGUGCGGCCACGUGGGUCUUGACCCCAGCGGCAUUUCCAACCCACAUCCGCUCUACGGCGCACAGUGUCCUGUAUACUUGGGGCUCAGCAGGAAGUUUGUUGGCGACGCUUUGGCCAGCGAAGGCGUCGACAAGCGUCAUCAUGGGCUCAUACGCAUUGGCCAACCUGAUAUGCGUGGCCAUGGGCCUGUGGCAGCAGCGCGGCCUGGCCCCGCGCGGGGCGUUCGACAGCCUGUUAUCCGAUUUGCACGCGUCCAACCUCGAGCGACGUGCUCGCUCCUCCAUAGCUCGGAGCAGCCGUUUAGCAUCUCGCACGGCCAGCCGCACCAGCACCGCGACUGGUCGGCCGAGCAAUCUGAGUCGUCCAAGCUGGCCAUUGUUGCCAUCUCGGCAAAUCUCAUAG